UCCUCUGUGUGUUCUUCUCUUCCUCAGAUCAUUUGUGUUGUCCCUCUGUGAUGAGUUGAAGAAGAUCCAUUAAGGAUGAAACACUCGACCUACAAUGUGUUGGAAGCAUACAAGAGGAACAAAUUAUUACAAUAUCGCUGCAGCUUAACGUUGCUGCUGUCUCUGGGUUUGUUCUUGGGGAGUAGCCUCCUAUUCACAAAUCAUCUGCAGAGGCUUCAAGCAGAGCACGCUGUUCACAGUUCCUCACAAAAUUUGACAUCCAAGAGUGAGAACAAUCGAUGCAGGGUUGACAGAGGAACUGAAGCAUUGCCUCGAGGUAUCAUCUCGAGAACUUCCGACUUUGAGUUGAGACCCUUGUUGGGUACCCGGAAUGAUCAAAAGAGGUCGAAAUUGUCGAUGAACUUACUGGCUAUGACAGCUGGGAUAGAACAGAAGGACAAUGUGAACAAGAUUGUCAUGAAGUUCAUGCUGAACAAUUUUACUGUGAUGAUUUUCCACUACGAUGGUGUUGUGGACGAGUGGAAUAAAUUCGAAUGGAGUUCUCGUGCUAUACAUGUUUCCGCUGUCAGUCAGACUAAGUGGUGGUUUGCAAAGCGAUUUCUCCAUCCCGAUAUAGUCUCUGAAUAUGAGUACAUCUUCCUCUGGGAUGAAGAUCUUGAAGUCGAUAACUUUGAUCCUGGAAGAUAUAUUUCAAUUGUAAAAGAAGAAGUGCUUGAGAUAUCACAGCCAGCACUGGACCCCAAAUCCUAUCUGCAUCAUCCGAUCACGAUACGCAACAGUACAGUGAAACUGCACAGAAGGAUAGUCCAACAUAUGGAUGCCGGAUUUGAAUGCAGAGAGGACAGUGAAGGUCCACCCUGUACAGGAUGGGUAGAGAUGAUGGCUCCUGUUUUCUCGCGCGCGUCCUGGCACUGUGUGUGGCACUUGAUUCAGAAUGAUUUGGUUCAUGGCUGGGGAAUGGAUUAUCUGCUCGGAUACUGUGCACAGGGUGAUCGGACCAAAAACGUCGGGGUAGUUGAUUCAGAGUAUGUAUUUCAUCCCGGAAAGGUUCUACUCGGAGGAGUUGGGGCAAGCAAGGUCAGAUAUGUCCAAAGGAUUCUAUCACACUGGUCAAAAGUGUCUGAUUUCCGUCGUCCUGUCUCUCUCGGAAAACUGUUUUUACUAAUAUGGGAUGGUCAUAAUCAAUGGAAUUGCAGAGAGUUGCCAAAGCAUCAGAUCAAGCUGCAAGUGCAACCUCUGCAAAUCUCGAACGGUUGGACACAAGAAGUUUGGUAGCUGCGGCGCAAAUGACCUUUCUCACUAUUUUUCUAUUUACAGCUGUAUUCUGAAAUUUGAUGAGACCUUCUCGAUUUUUUCCGGUGCAGAUAAGGAACCAGUCCUUGAGUGACCAACAGAUCUUCUUCAGCAGAUGGAAAAGGGCGGUUGAAGAGGAUGAUUGUUGGACAGAUCCGUAUCACCAGAGGGGAUAGGUAGAAGGAGCGAUUCUUUAGCAUCCAUUGAUGCCAGAAGCUAGACAGCAGAAAGUCAUCCGUUCAUUCUGAUGAAGCAUAACACGUGCUAGCAGCAUAUUACGUGGUAGCUUCACGAUGCAGAAUCGAAUAUAUUUUUGUAAAUUUCAUGAUAGCAGAAACCACAAACUUUGGUUAGAAAAGUGGCAAGAAGCAAUUCUGAUUUCUUUGCGAUUGCACUAACCAACUCGACAGACCCCAAUCGUAGAUAUGACAAUAUUUGAAUUUUUUUUUUCUUCUAUUGUCUGAAAACCAUACCUGAGUUCAAGUAGCAAAUGUAAGAGGGAGGACUCGUAUACCUCGAGAUCCUGAACUGAUGACCUUGUAAGCAGACAGAGCUUCAUCUUUCUCAUUUUCCCAUUCAUUUGGUUUUGGGAAGCCACCCUGAGUUCAUAAAGUAUAUUGAAGAUUUCCCCUCAGAAUAAAACACGAUAUUCGUUAAGGAGAAAUAAUCGUGCUAAUGGCCGAAAACCAGUUGCUUCUUCAUG